GACCCCUGGGGAACACCGCUAGUGACAGGCCUCCAUCCAGACUCUGCCCUGUUGAUCACGAGUUUCUGAGCUCUGUUGCUGAGCCAGUUCUCAAUCCACCUCACUGACCACUCAUCCAACUCACACUUCCUAAGCUUGUCUAUGAGGGUGUUAUGGGAGACAGUGUCAAACACCUUACUGAAGUCGAGGUAAACAACAUCCACUGCUCUCCCUUCGUCAACCCAGUCAGCCACGCCACCAGAGAAGGCUAUCAGGCCUUUGUCUUUUCCAGCAACAGAAUAUCGUGCUACAUCUUGCUGUUAUUUAGGUAUAAGAAAUGAAGCUGCAUUUGGUGCCUAUCCUGCUGUCCUCAUUAAGGCGAAACUCCCACUGAUAUCAAGGAGAGUUUGGCUAACAAAGAAUUACUGACUUGAGCUUCUGAAAGGUCUAAACUUCCUCUGUCGCUUUUGGUUUUGAGGGUUUCUUGGAUUUUUUUGUGUGUGGUUUUUAAAAUUAUUAUUAUUAUAAUAUUUUAUUUUAAUUUUUUAAUUUUAUUUUUUAUCUGACCUUGUAUUUUAACUGUUCCUUCUCCUUUUAUAUUCAUAUUUUUGAAUCUUUAGCUUCCUUCACUAGCAUCUUUUCUAUUUUUAAUUCAGUCAGGCCUUAGGACCUUCCACUCUCUACCUUGCCCUCUCCUCCUUUCUUCCCUCCUCUUACUGUCUUGCUCUCUUUCAGUUAUCUGUUAUCUUCACCUUCACUGACUACAGCACUGUAGAAAGUUGAUAUACAUCAUGCAGGUACACAGGAAUUUAAUUUAGUGUGUUUAGACCCCUUCUAAGUACAGGUGCUUCUAUUCAGGUACUUGCCUGAGGGCAAAGCAGCAGUUUGUAAGACAGGUGAUUUAGGCAGAGAUUUAUUUGCACAGUAUUCAUCUCUGUAAUCUUUCGUCCUCUUCUGGUUAGGAUCUCAGAAGUUCCUCUGAAGUAUUCAUGCAGGGUUUCAGCAGUAAAUUGAGUUUCAGACUGAUAAAAAAAAUAUUUGGCAUAGUAUCGCAGUCAGAAAAAAAUACUUAAGGAUAUUGAAGUCUGUGUAAAAGGGGUUUUGUGGAAGGCGACAAAACUGAAAAUCUCCAGAGAAAUGGGUUUUAUUCAUAAUUCUUUUGUUACGAGCUUAGACCACAUGUAUAAUGCUUUUCUGCAUCACUUCUCUGAUCCAUAAACUAGGGCAGCUUUACAGAGUAUUGCAGGCUAUGAUCAAUUCUGGGUGCCAUUCAUAGCCAGGUAUUUGAGUGGGGCACUAAGCUGGGGGCUCUGGGGCACCAAGUACAUCUUUGGCAGGAAGAGGAGCCACAGCGAAGGCUUUCUGGAGCAUUGAUCCAUCUCAGUGGUUAGGAUACAUUAGGCAGUACCCUGUGCACCCCAGGCAUUGUUGCUACCAGCUCUGCAACACCUGACGGAGUUGGGGCUUUCCCUGGAUGUCCCGGCUCCAUUGAUUACCUUCACAAUGUCUUGGUUCCCCCCGAUACCUCUUAAUUAUUUGCAUUUUUCAGGUGGAAAGUAUUUUGAAAGUGCCAAGUAUUGUUAUUUUCUUGCAAGUUUGACUGAAAUUCAAGUUCUUUUCCAGAAGACCUAAUUUGUGCUUGUGAAAUAAAUAGUAGGUGUAUGCCUUCUUAAUGUAUAGUGUAGCAUUUCAAACUAAUGUCAUCAGCUUGCUCUUUCUUAGCAUCUGGAUCCCCGCAGACAUACUUCUUAAAGUAAAAGGCAUAACACUAAACUUUCUUAUUCUCCCUUAAAUAAGAAAACACAUUUUCUAUUAUUGUAAUGGUUACAAAUAAUUUUUCAUGGUGUCCAAUCGCCUGUUACCCUGUCAAACCUAAAAUGUAUCAAAAACUACAGGCCAUAUAUAUAAAGUAAUUCCAGUUAAAAAGGAAUUUAUUCUUCUUUAAUGCUAUUUCUAUUUGAUUUUCUCAAACCCCUCUUUUUCCAAAGAACAAUUUAAACCACAUCUGAACAAUAGAUUUAUUGUUGUCAACAGAGUGAGAAAUUUGAUAAAGAUAGCUUUUCUAUUUCCAUUAAAAAUAGAUUAUUUUUCAGAGGAAUGAAGGAUACAAGUUCAAUGUUUAACUUUGAAUUUCACAUUUCUUUUGACUGGUCUAUAAUAUAUAUAUUUUCAAAGUCCUAAUUGGCAUUAGGCUUGGCAUAUUUCUCUGCAGAUUUUUUUCUCAGUGUGAAACUACUAGAGGGUCAUUAUGCUGGUUAAUGAAAGAGGGCUGACAUUCUUUGUAAGUCGUGAGUAUUUAAAUAUUCUUCUAUGCAAAUCUUGCCUUUUCGUGAAAAAGAAGUUUAAAGAGACAUCUUAAAAAAAAUUUCCUUCAAGUGUCGAAAAAUGUAGGUUACAUUCAUUCAAAAUCUAGAUAUCCAGUGGUGGGAGGUGAUGACAGAUUUCAAAUUUGCUACUUUAUAAUUAAGAGGGGAUUCCAUGUAGGAGAUGUAAGCAUAAAAAUUGGGUAAGUCUCUUCACAAUGCUGCUAGUUUCGCAGCUGAAUUCCUCAGUACUUUUCUCAGAGUGUAUAAUCAGUUACGCUUGUGCUGAUUUAAUCAAUUAUUCUUGUGCACAAACAAACAAACACAAACAAAACCCGGCUAAUUUCAGACCGUGUUUGAAACAUCAGAACUAGAGAUUUCACUUACAGUGAAAGAAAUAUUAUUUUCAAGCCUCUAGAAUGAUUUCAAAAAUGGCAAAGAUAUAUUUGGGAAGUAUCAUACUUUUGGGUACCGGCAGCUGUGUAUCCUUAUGCAAAAGUGGAUUUGGCUGAAAGACCAAUUCAUAAAUAUUGUAUCUGAAGAUCGCAGCAAGCUUUCAUAUUUGCAAGAGAUAAUGUAAAAUGUGCAACAUUUUUUUCUUCACCCUGAGAAGUUUCAGCUUAAACAGCUCAGUCUCCCAAAUCUAAUGAAUAAUGGCCAACAAACAAAAGUAUCCAUGGCUUCUUGAAUCAUGGAGGCUGGAGACCAUUCUGUCUGUGGAGGAGGAAAGGUCAGCCUGCUGUGGUCAGUCUGAAAACCCUCCCGCACACCGCCAAGCUGUGAAGCAGCUUGGAGUCAGGAGAUGUCAAUAAAUAACCUGAGUCCUGCACUCCAUGACUUCCCAUCUCACAGCCUAGGAGCUUCCAAGCAAGCAACAGACUGCUCCUAGCUGCAUCGCUUGGAGAAACCAAGUGGGAGAUCGGGAAACCUCUUAUUUCUCUGUUAGAAAAAAAUCUUUUUCCCCUCCUUUUUUCUAGACCUCCUCUGCCUUGAUCUGGUGUUUGGGGAAGUGAGGGGUGUAGUGGGGGAGGUAAGACUUAUCUUUGAUCUGAUGGCUCCUUUCGUUCUGGGCUGCUCUCCAGGAAAAACUUUUCCCCCUUGGGGAUGCAACAUUUUUCAUGGCAGAGGCUCUGCGAGCGAAAGCACUGUGGAAGAUCCUGAGCUCGCCUGACGUGCGCUUGACAUUUUAGCACAGAUUCAGCAAAGCAGCUUUAUUCAGAAAAAACUGCUUAGACAAUCUAAUGGAUGAAGAUGAGAAAGACAGGGCAAAGAGGGCUUCACGUAACAAGUCUGAGAAGAAGAGGCGCGAUCAGUUCAAUGUUCUCAUCAAAGAGCUCAGCUCCAUGCUUCCAGGCAACACUCGCAAAAUGGACAAAACUACUGUGCUGGAAAAAGUCAUCGGCUUUCUGCAGAAACACAAUGAAGUCUCGGCACAGACGGAGAUUUCUGAAAUUCAGCAGGACUGGAAGCCUUCAUUUCUCAGCAACGAAGAAUUCACUCAGCUGAUGUUGGAGGCAUUAGAUGGCUUCAUUAUAGCAGUAACCACAGGUGGAAGCAUCAUCUACGUGUCUGACAGCAUUACACCUCUUCUAGGGCAUUUACCGUGUGAUGUCUUGGAUCAGAAUUUGUUAAAUUUCCUCCCAGAACAAGAACAUUCAGAAAUUUAUAAGAUGUUAUCUUCUUGUAUGCUUAUGACAGAUUCUGCCUCAUCGGAUUACCUAAAAACUGACAAUGAACUAGAGUUUUAUUGUCAUCUUCUGAGAGGAAGUUUGAACCCAAAGGAAUUUCCAACAUAUGAAUACAUAAAAUUUGUAGGAAAUUUUCGGUCUUACAGCAAUGUGCCUAACUCCACUUGCAAUGGUUUUGAUGAGGCUGUCCCAAGGGCUUACAGAACAUCCUCGGGAAAGCAGGUCUGCUUUGUUGCAACUGUUCGUUUGGCAACGCCUCAGUUUUUAAAGGAGAUGUGCAUCGUGGAAGAACCUCUAGAGGAAUUCACAUCAAGACACAGUCUGGAGUGGAAAUUUUUAUUCCUGGAUCACAGAGCACCGCCGAUUAUAGGAUACUUGCCUUUUGAAGUGCUGGGUACUUCUGGCUACGACUAUUACCAUAUAGAUGACCUAGAGCUGCUAGCAAGGUGCCAUGAACACUUGAUGCAGUUUGGCAAGGGGAAGUCGUGCUGCUAUCGGUUUCUGACCAAAGGACAGCAGUGGAUCUGGCUCCAGACCCAUUACUAUAUCACCUACCACCAGUGGAACUCCAAGCCAGAGUUCAUUGUGUGCACACACAUGGUGGUAAGUUAUGCAGAUGUUCGUGUGGAGAGGAGACAGGAGAUGGGCUUGGAAGAAGUGUCCUCAGAGGCUGUGUCCUCAGCACUAAAGGACAGUGGCACCGGCUUGGAUCCUGAACAGCACUUUAAUGCACUUGAUAUUGGUGCCUCAAUCCUCAGCGCUAGUCGGACACCCUCAGUAUCAUCCAGAAGCUCACCAAAAUCUUCCCACACACCCAAGUCGGACCCAGCAUCUACGCCAACAAAGCUGAUUGCAGAGCCUAACACUCCCUUGCCAAGAACACCGAGCGCGCAGCAGGAUUUAUCCAUGCAUAGACUCAGUCAACCUACUGCUCUUCAGGUUUCUUUGCCUUCUCAGCCUUCAUGUGAGCUUCUCCCACAGCAGUUGCUGCCUCAAGCAACUCUACAAAAUCAGCCUGCACCUCUGGCACAGUUCUCAGCACAGUUCAGCAUGUUCCAGACCAUCAAGGACCAGCUAGAGCAGCGCACCCGGAUCCUGCAGGCCAACAUCCGGUGGCAGCAGGAGGAGCUCCAGAAGAUACAGGAGCAGCUCUGCCUGGUCCAGGACUCCAGCGUACAGAUGUUCCUGCAGCAGCCGAUGGUGUCCCUGAGCUUUAGCAAUACUCCGCAGCCGGAGCCACAACAGCCACAGCAGAGGUCAGGGGCCAUCUCUCAGCAGCAACUUGUCCCCAGUCCUCAACUUCAAGGGCAAAUUGCAUCUUCGCAAACAGCGAACCAGCAAGCACUGAGAGAAGCAAGCGUGAUAUCGAGCCAGGGCCCGAAGGCGGCGAGGAGCGCGGACCCGGCGCCUGGCGGUGGCCGCCCCCCCCCGCCCCGCGCCGCCGCCGCCGCCCCGCCGUUCGCCGCAGCCCCCGCCGCCGGCGGCACCGCGGCGCCCCCUGCCGGCCUCCCGCGGGGCGGCACCCCCGGCCCGCCCGCCGCCGCCGCCUGCGGCCACGACCAGCAGCUCAGGCUGUUGCUCAGCCAGCCCAUUCAGCCCAUGAUGCCCGGGUCCUGCAACGCAAGACACCCUUCAGACCUCAGCAUGGCAGGAUCCCAGGCUAAGUAUUCUCAAACCCAACAAAUGUUUCAAAGUUUGGAAGUGCAGACUUCCAGCAGCAGCUCUCCAAUCAUACUGAUGGGACAAGCAGUGUUAAACCAAGGGUUCGCCACUACGCCUCCUUCCCAGCCAUCCUCUCUGCCACCUAUGCAACUCCAGCACCAACAGCAUCAGCAACAACGCUACCUGCAGGUGCAAACACCAAGUUCUUUGCACAAUGAGCAACCCGAUUCUUUGCUCCUGCCCUCUUACUCGCCACAGCAAGGAAACAUGGGGUAUCAUCAGACAGCGCAGCAGCAGCAGCAGCAGCAGCAGCAACAACUAACAUCAAGAAGAAGCAAUAGCUUAUCAGAAUCAUCAAAUUUACCACAGCCACUGCGAUAGAGUCCCACCAGCACAAUCAAUGCACGAUUAGCUUUAACCAAUGGGCACAUGGGGCAGAAGAGAAUGACUUUGUACUUACUGUGUUGGCUUUUGCACAAGCAUUUCUUUCAAAGCUGUAUGACAGAAGUACGCCACAGCGCGUGGACUGCCACAGGCAGCGCAUUUACGGCAUGCUGGAUUCAGUUUGCACUGGCUCGUGAGCACAGUACGUACUGACAGAGCAAAAUAAAAAGGAACACUACCCUGUGCAGCCUCCGUCAUCGACGGGUGCGCAGGAGGAGGCGCUCAGUCGUGGCGUGUCACUCUGAAAGCUAUCUGGCGAUUCCAAAAGACUGUCGACAGACUCAUGAGGUACUUGGCCUUCACUGUUUCGGUUCUUCUUUUGUGUAUGAAAAGCACUGCGUCAAAGGUCUAUUGAGGAGAGAACAAGAGAUUAUUUUUAUUAUGAUUAUUGUUAUUAUUUUGCACAACUGCACAGAGGACAAAACCUAGGCACUUUCUGUAAAGAGAAGUUAAUUUCCUUAUUCUUGUGGCCAAAUUAGCACAUCCAAUGGAGGAGAAAGCCCAGUCAUUGGUGAAGAUGGUCUACAGCUCAUAAACCUUGGUUUAGGAUCUGAAAAGUAUUAUGCAGCUUACCCUAACUGUUCUUCGUUACUAAAAAACAAACAAAAAAGCCCACCCCCGCAACCCACACUGGACUGUUUUCUAUAUGGAUUGUGAUUGCAAAGGAGAACUCAAAUUGUAAACACAAUCACACAACUCUGCCAUAGUACAACAUGGAUCCUUCUUCAACCUAACCAACUCUCCCACUGCAAGUCUGAGAAAUAUGCACUGUGUUUUGGCCCACUGACUCGGGAUGCUGCAGACUAUUACAUAUCUCUUUCAUUAUAACAUUUAGGAUGGAAUUUUCCUUUGCAGGGGGAAAGAAAUGCACUUUUCGCUUUUUUUGUAUGUUUUCUGUUGAUAUGUUUCUAAGAAAGAUUUUAUGUAAUUAUUAAAUAAAAAGUAGUGUAUUGUACAGCUGUUGUAAUAAUGACCUAUUUCUAUAUAAAAUAAAAUUAUAUGGAAUUAUGUGGAAAUUAUUUUGUAUAUGAAAUAUCAACUCAUCUCACAAGUAUAAAGAUUGUGCUUGUGCUUUUUUGUGAGUGGAUAUUUUGUAAUAAACUAAUGAAUUAGAAAUGUUUUUGUGAAGGGAACUACUGUUUCAUGCUAUAUACAACGCAAACUAUUAUUUUUUUCCAUUUAAUGAUGGACAGUUGUCUUUAUUUGUAGAAUAAAAUAAAAUAGCCAGAAGGCUUUAUUGCAGGA